CGACACCAAUAUCUCACCAGGAUGCGAGCAUUUCCGGAUAGACACAAUGGUUACCCUCAACUUCACCCUAACACCGGAGGCCGCGUCUAAGAUUCAUGACCUGCUCGUGUGCCUAGGCAAGUUCAGCGAGACCGUGGCAAUCGAAGCGCGUCGCGAAAAGUUCACAUUUACCGCUCUCAACUCUUCGAAAUCCGCCUACGGCGCCAUUACGCUAGAUGGCCGGCAAUUUUUCGCCAACUACAAGUGCGUGCCAACCCAUGGCGGACCUGACGGCCGCUUUACCUGCAGCAUGUACACAAAAGCACUCUUGUCGGUCUUCAAAAGCCGUUUGUAUGACCCACUGGGGCGCGACGGCGCAAUCGAUCGCUGUGAAGUUAGCGUGCAAGAGCGGGAGAACGAGACACAAUGUCGAUUCAUCGUCAAGAUGGUGUGCAACCAGGGCGUCAUCAAGACCUACAAACUCACGUAUGAAGCUGUCGACAUUAUGCACGCGCUGUUUGAUCGCAGUAUAGCGAGAAACAGGUGGAACAUGAAUGCCGGCGCUAUGAAGGAAUAUGUUGAGUACUUUGGUACCAAAACUGAAAUGCUCGAUAUUUUUACUAGUGGAGACGGCCGCUGCAUCUUUAAGAGCUACACAGAAAAGAUCUCGAAUGGGAAGGAGAUCUUAAAGCAUCCAAUUGUCACUGCUGUCGCGGUCCACACAUCCGAUUUUGAACGAUUCACUGUCCAACCGGGCAUGCAUAUCAUUAUCAGCGUCAAAGACUUCAAAGCGAUCGUUGUUCAUGCAGACACACUGAAGACAAGCUUGAGGGCUUUUUACUCUCAACCAACGCGACCGCUACAGUUCAGCUAUGGGUGCGAUGGGUUGCUUUGUGAGUUCACGCUAAUGACUUCGGGCGACUACAACGGAGCUCCGCCAACACCUGCGCCGCAAGCGAUGAGCAGCAGAAAAACAUCCCGCACUGCAUCAACGAACACAUCAGAACGCGGACAGGGUCGUGGCUUCCGAUCUGACAUGCCUCCGCCUAUGCAACCAGCAUCACGACGCGAUGGGUCCGGCCGACUACGGAAUCCAGGAUCCCGCCAAGCCUCCACAGCGCAAGCACAGCCUGCCCGUCAGGAUUCUGACAGCCUGUUCGUUCCGGAGGACGAAGAUGCAGCGUGGGCACCUCUUGACUAUGAUAAAGAAGAGACGUUAGGCUGGGAUGCGAGUGCCAACCACGACGCAUCGGCUUUCCCAACAUUUACAGACAGCGGCGGUGUGCCAAGGACAAACACAACGGAUAACAGCGAGGUUUUUGAGCCUACCCAGCGUGUAUCCCAAAUCAAGGGACUGUGGUAGCGCUAUGGUGUCGAUAAACGCAACUCGCAAGUUGAAGUAAACAAAGAAGAAUAAGCUACUGUUGCAGAAGAACGUCUCAUGCUUCAAUAAAACCUGUUCAAGAAGUAGUAUACUACCGUUUCAACUAAUGUUUCUCUGGUCAACUGUAUAACGGUGUAAUUUGUCGAUUACACUCAACUUGCCGCAAAGUCAUUAGGAUUAGCUUCCGGAAACGUGCUGUUUCAAGCAGAGUAGAUGCGAGAACACCUUCAGGUAUGUCUCAAGCCAUUGUGGCUGUAUUGUGGAUGGAUGCUGAGUCGGUUGUGAAAGGGGCAAAGAAGAACAGUCUGGUAGGGUUGUCGCCAUUUGCGUGCCCAAUAAGCUGGACGAUACUCUUAGGAAACCGU